GCGGGCCAAGAGAGAGCGUCCUGAGGACGGGGGCUGGUUAGGCUCAAGCCAAAGGACUUCGCGUGUGAGGCUGGGACCGUGAGGGUACCGGUAACCAUGAGAUCGCUGCAGCUGCUCAGAGUCCCUUUCCUGUGUGGCCUGCUCUGGGCCUUUUGUGGGCCAUGUACCAGGGCUCAGGAGCCUGGGGUUGGUGUCCCCCAUCCUGGCAGCGUGGGCCUGGAUAAGAACACAGUGCAUGACCAAGAGCAUAUCAUGGAGCAUCUAGAAGGUGUCAUCAACAAACCAGAGGCGGAGAUGUCCCCACAAGAACUUCAGCUUCAUUAUUUUAAAAUGCACGAUUAUGAUGGCAAUAAUUUGCUUGACGGCUUAGAGCUCUCCACAGCCAUCACGCAUGUUCAUAAGGAGGAGGGGAGUGAGCAGGCACCACCAAUGAGCGAAGAUGAACUAAUCAACAUAAUAGAUGGUGUUUUGAGAGACGAUGACAAAAAUAAUGAUGGCUACAUUGACUAUGCUGAAUUUGCAAAAUCUCUGCAGUAGGUGUUAUUUGGCCAUCUCCUAGUUAGAUGCAAAUGUGACCCAUGAUAAUGUGAUUGAACACUUCUGAUAAUGCAAAAGAAAGCAUUUCCAACUACUGCUACAAAAUUUUGGUAAAAUCAGGUAAUGAUCUGUUACACUGGGGUGAAAAGGAGAAAACAAGAGAAGUAAAAGAGGAGAAAUUCUCGGGACAUGCUGUAGUCCCUAAGUGCUGUCAAAAGUCAUAUUGGACAAGGGAUUGAUGAAAGAAUUCUUUUUAAAGAGUGUUGGAUAAUUGGAGCCAAGCUCAGGAAUUUGACUGUAGAAUACCACUUGUUUCUUGAUUUCAGUUCAUGCUACCUAAAAAGUAAGACACUAAUUAAGUUUUGCCAAAUGGACAGCCUUUUCAGUAACAAUCGAAGGACGGAGUGAAUGCCAGAUGUUUCUCCUGGCAGGUCGUGCCUCUUUAGGUAAAUGUGGUCAGUGUUUUAUGACGAUAUCUUGGCUGCAUGGUAGGUAGUUGCUCUAGACAAGUCGCUCUGUUUAGGCUCUGUUUAGGCUGUAUCAAAGUCACAGCCUAAAAAAAGAAUGUUAAAUAUUGAAUUCAUCUGGCUACACUAAGAUUCUGUGUCUUCUGACAUUUUGAAAAUAUUUGCUGGCCCAAGUGAUUAAUCUCUUUCAGAUUUUCAGUAUUUUAUACAACUACUUACCUUCUAUUGUCUUCAGCCUAGGAGACUCUGAAUUUAAAAAUGCUCUCGUCAGUAGCAAAUAUUCUAGCUUUGUUAAUAUUUGUACUUUGCUUUUGUUUUGAGUUUCCUUUUUGGAAUUUAAGAACUAUUAGUACUGUAAGGACUUGGCACAACAGGUUUUUUUUGUGUGUGUGUGUGUGUGUGUGUGUGUGUGUGUGUGUGUUUGGUCGGCUGUGGAGCUUGAA